UUGGGUUUUUGCAGAAAAGCAUUUCCAAAAUGGAGUGAACAAGUGAAAGUGAGGUCUGAUACUGGGUUUGAAGGACAGCUUGAUGAUGGGUAUAAUUGGAGGAAAUAUGGGCAGAAGGGGAUUUUAGGGGCUAAUCAUCCAAGGGCGUACUACCGAUGCACACAUCGAAACACGCAAGGUUGCUUGGCCACGAAACAAGUCCAACGUGCAGAUAACGACCCUUCAGUCUUUGAGGUCGUUUAUCGAGGCAAACACAGUUGUAUUCAAGAGAGACUAAAACCGAACAAAGAAAAUCAAGUUGUCCUAAAGAAAGAACAAGAAGAGCGUGUCGAGAGCCCGAUCCAAUCACAGGACGCCACUUGUCCUGAGGUCGAACCAAAGCCCGAAAAUCAAGAAUCGGUUACAAAAGAUGACCAAUUUCCUUUCUUUUCCUUCCCUCCGACCCCAAUUGAGUCCGAGAAUUUGGAAACACAAUUUUUCUCCGAGACGAAUUAUUCGCCUCGGUUUUUGUCUAAUGCUACAUCCGAUUCCUAUUUCUCGAGCGAUUUUGGGAAUGAUUUCGGUGAAAUUAUCUCGAACCCCACUCCUUACACGAACUUCUCGUUUGGGGAUUUGGAUUUCUCGAUCGAUCAAAUUGAUUUUAGUUCUUAAUUGCUCGACACCAUGGAUUAUUUCGGAAAGAAACCGUCAGCACAAAAGAUCCUAGUCAGCAUCAAUGAAGGAUUUGUUUCAAAGCUUCUAUGACUUCACUUCGCUUUGCUUCGUUCGUUGGAUCGACAAAGUUCUGUUCAUAGCAAUAGUGAAUUUAAUGCUGGCCAAGAGAUUUUUCCAUAAAACUAGAUAGACAUUACUUCUUUUUAUUUCUCAUUAUUUCAGCACACACUCUAGACAGGCUUAUAAGCCAUCUUAUAAUUUGUACAAGUGUAGUUGGCUAUUUCUAGCUUUCUAGCUGUUGAAAACUAAAGCAUUUCCUUUAUUUUUCAUGGAUUUCAGUCGAAGAAUAAACUCUGCUAGUUUGCUGAUUUA